AUGAACUUCUUAGCCUGCGCCUCUGUAAUGACUCUGAAUGUAACCCUGAGGGAGAUGGAUUCGAACAGGACCUUGGAUUUGGAUGAGCCUUCCACAUACAUGUUGCAAGAAUGGAUGAUCUCCCCUUCAUAUACAGACAUGAAAAUGUUCCUGAUCCCGCCAAUUGUCUGCCUUGUGGCAGCCAUCCUGGUAAUUCCCUCCAUCUUGUUUGUGAUUUUCUCCAGCUUCAGCAUCCGCCAGGAAACAAGGUACCUGCUUCUGGGGAAUGCUUUACUUUGCGAUCUGAUGUACCUAUUCUUCUACACCCUCUCCACCAUUCUCAAUGGUGCGAACCUUACGCUCCCCAAGUAUGCUUGUGUGCUCCUAUUGUUUUUGCUCGCUGUGACUUACUGCGGGGGAUUGCUCACAGCUGCUGCCAUGGUACUGGAUAUAUUCUUGGCUAUUUUGUUUCCUUUGCGCUACGUUGCCAUUUUGCCUUCUUCACGAACGAAAAAACUGAUCGUGCUCAUAUGGCUUUCGUCUGGUGUUUUCCCAGGGAUCAUCUACUUGGUGCUGAUGGUGACUCAAAAGCCCGCACCGUGUCCCAUGAACACAUGCUCUGUGCCAAUAAUACUGGUCAUGACUCUACAUGGAGAUGAUGCUGUGAAGCUCUGUUAUAUGCUUUCAGUUGCUGCCCUUUUUCUCUGCUUGGCUUUAAUACAUGGUUGUUAUAUUAUCCUGUAUCUUAAAACACGACAAUCGGGCAUAUGGGAAAGUGUUUUCUCUAGAGCUAGUGUGACAUUCUUGAUGCAUCACACUAUAUUAUUCUUUUACUUUUCUCCACUUCUGGUCCUUGUGGUGGAAACAUUACUUUACAUCAAUGCUGUCAUUGGACUACAGACAGGAAUAUGGAUGUCUCUAACAAUCUGCAAUGUCCUGAUGGUUCUGCCAAAAGCUUUGUUGCCUUAUCUGUAUGGGCUUCGAUAUAGGGAGAUAUCGUCCUCUCUGAAACUCAUUUUCAGAAUGAAGCGCCUUAGGCUUGUGUCACCUAUUGUAUCACCAUAA